GAGCCGAUUCGCAGGCUCCAGCCCGGGCGGCGCUAAGCGAGCCCUACCGGCUCGCAGUUCGCCUGCUCUGCGCUCCCCGCGGCCCGCCAGUGCUCACGGGUCUACCCUGCUUGGCCCUCCAGGCGCGCGCCCCUGCCUGCUCUUUCCACCGCCCCCCACCCUCCUGCUGGCCUGCGUCCCGCCUCUGUCUUUCUGUGCGUUUAUUCUCUCGGCGUGUAUUGUCGGCUUCACUUCGCUCGCCUGUCAUCGUCACCAGCAUUCGCUCUUACUCUCUCCUGUCUAUUCAGGCCUUGUCUUGGACUCACCCUGCCCCGUAAAAUGAUGUGCUAAACUGGGUUACUUGGAGGGAGGUGGCGUUCCCCCACGGUACCUGCCCGAUUUCUCAUAGAGCCUCACCCUUUUCCUCUGUAUUCCAUUGUCUUGGACGAAGCCGAAUGAAAGAAAAUCUCUCUUCCAACAGCUUAAAUCCAUUUUGCUCGCUUUGUUGUACUAUCAGAAUUAGCUUGCAGCUCAGGAGCUCCAGCCUGGGAGGAUGGUGUGCAUUCCUUGCAUCGUCAUUCCGAUUCUGCUCUGGAUCUACAAAAAAUUCCUGGAGCCCUACAUAUACCCUCUGAUUUCCCCCUUUGUGAGUCGUAUGUGGCCUAAGAAAGCUCUUCGAGAAUCCCACGAUAAAAACAAAGGCAAGGUAGACUGUAAGGGCGCAGACAUAAAUGGAUUACCAACAAAAGGUCCGACGGAAAUCUCUGAUAAAAAGAAAGACUAAAGUUGAUCCAAAGGAUCUCAUUGUUUUAAAAAUGGACCUGGUAAUAUGAAGCACCUUGCUUGCAAUUGUCUCUGACCUUUUUCUCUCUGAGACCAGAAUUUGGAAUAGAUAGCUUAGAUACUCACCUGAUACUAAUCAGGAAAUACAUGAUAUUUAUAUUUUAAAAGUGUUUAGUUAUAUUUAAUGAUCUCAUUCCUGAGUUCCUAUUUCAUUAAAGUAGCUUCCAUUUCUAUUAUCGCAGUUAUGAAUAAAUAGAAGGUUUGUGCCAGUAGACACUGCUACUAAACCAGUACUCAAAAAUCCUUGAGUUCAGGCUCUUUGAAUUUGAGCGGAGUACAGUGUUACUGUGGAACAGUGCAGUGAGACUGUAUGGUGAAAGGAGGGGGUUUGGGGAGAUGAUGAGGACUUCAAACAUAAAAAUACAAUUACUUCCAGGGGAACAGAGCAGCCUACUUCUGAUAGUAAUUCCUGCUUACUGCUUACUUGCUCUGAGGAAGAUAGAAAAGACGGGGAAAUUGGGAAAACGCCUUUGAAAAAUGGAAUACCUUUUACAAAAAUAUCUAAUGUAUAUUAUAAGAUUCUAAUCCUUGUUGCAUUCCUUCUGUUCUUACAAAGUUUAUUAAAUAUUCAGUUUA